AUCAGCAGAUAAUUAAACUGGAAUUUCAACUUGGCGAGUAAAUUUAUACAGUAAAAUUUGGAGUUUCCAACUCAUUCUAGGGUUCGUAAAUGUGAUGCUUGGCUGCAUUCUUGUCUGGAUAUUCCAACUCAUCGUUCAAGGGUCUGCAGAUCUGAUGCUUGACGUUAUUCUUGUAUUCGAGACUCCCAAUCCGUCAGUCAAGGGUCUGCAUAUCUGAUGCUUGAUGGCAUUCUUGCUUUGGGGAUUCCCAAAUCAUCAUUUCCGCAGUAGAUUAUCUCUGUAAGCUAAACCCGCCAAGUAAAAUAUUUAUUCCAUUACGUUUUAAAGCUCGAGCAGGAGGUGGAAAUUUAUGGUUACGUAGGUGAAAGUGACAAAUGGCGGUAUGCUAUAAUCACAUAGGAUUUCGAGCAGGAAUAUCAAUGACGAGACCCUCGGUUCUCAGGGCAGAGCAACCUGUGGCUCCUGAUCAUUCCGUCUCCCUAUCUGGGGCCUCCUCCCCUCGCCGACGCGAUCUUGUUUUCGUCGUUAAUCCUCGAGGUGCUAAUGGAAAGACAGGUAAGGAAUGGAAGAAGCUUCUGCCAUAUCUCCGCUCUCGCCUUGGUGGAGACUGUAACAUAUGUGAAUCUUUGACUUCAGGUCCGUCUCAUGCAAUUGACAUUACAAGGGAGGCUAUACGAGAGGGUGCUGAUGCUGUAAUUGCUGUUGGAGGUGAUGGAACUCUUCACGAGGUUGUUAAUGGGUUCUUUUGGGCUGGGAAACCCGUUACUAAUCCCAGUAGCAAAGUUGCCAAUUCAACUGCACUUGGUCUCAUUCCUCUAGGGACUGGAUCUGAUUUUGCUAGAGUGUUUGGCUGGAAAAAUGAUUCUCAUGAAGCAGUUGAACGCAUUGCUAGAGGGUUGACAUGCGAAAUCGAUGUUGGUGUUGUUCAUAGAGAAGGCGAAGAGUUGCAUUACUUCAUAAAUGUUGCUGAUAUCCAUCUGAGUGCAAAGGCAGGUUACUAUGCUUCAAGAUACAAGAGAUUUGGAAAUUUAUGUUAUGUUAUUGGCGCUUUGCGGGCCUUUAUUGGGCACCAUAACAAGGACAUGAGAAUCAAGGUUAAUGGGGGUGAGUGGGAGACGUGUACUCAGGUGACUGCCCUUUGCAUUGGCAAUGCAAAAUAUUUUGGUGGUGGAAUGAAAAUUACACCAAAUGCUGAUCCUUGUAGUGGAAAUUUCGAGGUUGUGAUUCUCCAGGACUUCAAGUGGUAUGAUUUUAUCUUGAAAAUGCAUAGACUCUACAGUGGCACACAUCUCUCAGUUAAUAAUGUAUCUUCAAGGAGAGUACACACCAUAGAAGUGGAGGAAGUUUCAGGCAGUGGCAACAUUUAUGUUCAAUCUGACGGAGAGCACCUAGGGUUUCUUCCUCGGAAGUUUUGUAUUUUACCCGGCGCAAUAAAGAUGAUUUAUUGACACGAUGAGCACUGCCAAAAACACUCGGUGUGCAUUUUGAUUCCUGCACAUUUUGGCUCCAUUCCUGCCAGUAUUGCACUUUUUGUAGUUGCCCUAUCUAGAAAAUGCAGAGUGAGAUGAAUUAUGGUUACCAUUUAAUUAUUUAUACUAAGGUUAGUAGGAGAAUCAUGGA